CGACAACCGAAGCGCGAAGGCGGUCGGUGAAUCGCCAGAAGUUCGCCGGGUCAAGCAUAUGGCUCUGCAAUUGCUUUGGAUCCGCCAAGCUGUCGGAGCGAGAAGGGAAAGUAGGCCUACACUUCUGCCCCACUGACGAGCAAAGGGCAGAUAUCUUCACCAAGGCACUUAAGUCAAGAAGCCGACGUCUGUGAGUCUAUGCCAUAAAAUCGCAGGAACAAAAC